CUUCUCCCCACCUUUCCCUUUCUUUCCUUCGUCCCCACUUUCCUAUUUCUCCUUCCACCUUUAUAAAAUCCACCUUCCCAACUCUCUCCAUUUCCCUCCUUAACUCCCAAUAUUUUCCCUUCAUUUUUCCCUCUUCCCAAACACACCCAUCUCAAUUUUUCUUCCCAAACCACGUCCUUUAUCACUUAUCUUUCCCAAAUACAUAGAAGAAAAACUCACAUCCAUAUCAUUACAUAUAUAUCAAACACCCCAAAAACAAAAAAAAAAACAAAGAAUGUGCACCUCGGAGGCCAAAGUGACCAUUGGCGUAGUCCCCAUGGCACCAACUAGUGUGGCUAAAAUCAAUGGCAGGCCGGUUCUUCAGCCCAACUGCAAUAGGGUUCCUACGCUCGAAAGGCGAAAUUCGGUCAAGAAGAUUAGCACCCCAUCCCUCACUUUGCCGCCCCCACCACCAACUUCUUCUUAUUCUUCUUCUUUUUCUUCUUCUUCUUCUUCACUUACUAGUCCUAGAAUCACGGCCAAUUCCAGAACUUCUAACAUGACAUCAUUGACGCCGCCGAUUUCUCCCAAGUCGAAGUCUCCGAGGCUUCCGGCUAUAAAGCGGGGGAACGAUAGCGCAGGUAACGGGCUGAACUCGAGCUCGGAGAAGGUGGUUACCCCGGGAACCACCGCGAGAACCGCUAAGCUUUUGGAGAGGAAAAAGUCAAAAAGCUUUAAGGGAGUUAUUAGUACUAAUACUACUUCUAAUGGUACUCACGAUGUGGCUAAGAAUGGUGUUACUUCUUCUUCUUGUUCUAUUGAGGCUUCAUUGAGUUAUUCAUCUUCUUUGAUAACCGAGUCGCCGGGAAGUAUAGCCGCCGUGAGGAGGGAGCAGAUGGCCCUCCAACAAGCACAGAGGAAGAUGAGGAUUGCCCAUUAUGGAAGAUCCAAGUCUGCAAAAUUCGAAAGAGUCGUUCCCAUUGAUAAUAAUUCUUCUCUUGAUUUGAUGGCCAACAAGACGGCUGAGGAAGAGAAAAGAUGCAGUUUCAUCACUGCCAAUUCAGAUCCAAUAUAUGUUGCUUAUCAUGACGAGGAAUGGGGAGUACCUGUCCAUGAUGACAAGAUGUUGUUUGAACUGCUGGUUCUAAGUGGAGCUCAAGUUGGGUCAGAUUGGACUUCAAUCUUAAAGAAACGUCAAGAAUUCAGAAAAGCUUUCUCUGAAUUUGAUGCACAAAUUGUUGCCUCCUUCACUGACAAGCAAAUGAUUUCAAUUAGCUCCGAAUUUGGCUUUGAUAUCAGCCGUGUCCGUGGAGUCGUCGACAACUCUAACCGAAUUCUCGAGAUAAAAAAGGAGUUGGGGUCAUUAGAGAAAUACGUGUGGGGAUUUGUGAAUCAGAAGCCCAUCUCCACCCAAUACAAGUCAGGGCAAAGAAUCCCAGUUAAGACAUCAAAGUCGGAGACCAUUAGCAAAGACUUGGUCAGGAGGGGGUUUAGGUUUGUGGGCCCCACCGUUGUUCACUCAUUCAUGCAAGCCGCCGGCCUCACCAACGACCACUUGAUCACUUGCCACAGGCACCUCCAAUGCACCCUACUGGCCUCCCGCCGCCCGACUGUCCCUGCCCCUCCAGACACCGUAACCGCCACCACAGCCGCCGUUCCACCGACUCAAUAGGACAUCAUGAUAUAUCCUAAGUGACACUAAUCAAGAGAGAGACAAAAGGAGAAGAUAACCAGAUACAAAAUGAAGGGGGGAAAAAAAAAGUAUAUAUGCUCAAGUGCAUAUAAUAUAGUUGGCUAACUAUAUCAUAUAAUUUGGUUGUGUAUACUAUAUAUUAUGUAGUGAUGAUGAAUGCUGUGAGGUUUUUGGUUUCAUGCAGCAGUGAGUUUGUGAGUUUGAUUUACUUUGAAUUAAUAGAUCAUAGAGAGAGUGCUAAUCAAUUGUUGUAUAACUAGAGAGAAGAAAUGUAGUGAAGUAAAAAAGAAAAAAAAAAAAAAAAAAAAAGAGAAAAAGAAAACGGGGGGUUUGAUAUAGUGUGGUAGUGUGCAGAGAGUGCUGGGCUAGGGACUAGGAAGGUGGUGGGACAAAGAGCAUGUGCAAAUGUAAAUGGAGGAGGCAAUGGCACGUGUGUGGGGUUUGUCAGCGGUUUGCUUUUUUUCUUUUUUUUUCUUUUUUGGGUGCUGUAUUCCAUGUGACCCAAAAUCAUACUUUGCAUUAUUAGUUGGUUUUUCUUUUAACAGCCUGUGUGUGUGUGAGAUAUUUGAAAGAAAGAGAUGAGAGAAAGACCACUUUUUCA